AUGAAAACGCUUCUACUCUAUCAACUACUUCGCGGACUUGCCUACUGCCAUGAUCGCCAAAUCCUACACCGAGAUCUGAAACCGCAGAAUCUCCUAGUCUCCACCAGCGGUGACCUCAAGUUGGCUGAUUUUGGACUAGCCAGAGCCAAGUCAGUGCCCAGCCAGACCUACAGUCAUGAGGUCGUUACGCUCUGGUAUCGUCCUCCCGACGUCCUCCUGGGCUCCACUAACUACACUGCUUCUUUGGAUAUGUGGUAA